CAAACUUUAAUAGAUAUGAGCAGAUCCGCUAAUUAAUAUCAGUUAACCAAUCACCCUCCGACACGUCACUUAUAUAAACUUUCAUAUGCAUGUUGAAAUGUGACUGAUUGCAUUUACAUUGUUAUCUUAAGACCGAGCUUACUAAAUCUACCAUUAUUUUCUUCAGAUAAAAAAAAAGCUUGAGAGUUGUCACUGAUAUUUCUCUUUAUGUCUUUUGCAUUUCCUUUUGUCAUUUUUUUUAAUUAAUAAUAAUUUACAAAAAGCAAAAAAAAUUUUCUUCUUUCGGUGGUGAUUGAAUUUCAGUGAUUUUUUGUCGUUGUUUUCUUUAAUUUUUAAUCCAAUUUGAAACUCAUAUAAUUCUAAUAAUCCUCUGUUUUCAAACCCAUUUUUUCACAGAUCAAAAAAGAAAUCCCAAAUUUCCUCUUCGCAAAAAACAAAAAUCAACGGUGAUCUAGUGAUCCGAUCCAUCCCAUCUGAUGAUUAGUUUCCAAUCAAAGCAUCAGUCGCAAUUAAGUUUCUCAACUCUCCUCCCUUCCGAUGCAUUCUUUAUAAUUUGCUUUAAUUGCUUAAGAUUUCGCGUCAAAAUUUGAAUUUUUAAUCAGAACCCUAAAUUCCCUUCAUUUCAAUUCCACAAAAAGAAAAACCGAUUUUGUUUCAAUGGCUGAUAGGAAUAGGUUAUUUUCAAUUGAGGAUUUACCAUCCCAUUUGAUUUUGGAGAUUAUAACGUCCGGUAAACGGUUAAGUGCCGUUGACCUAGUGUCGUUGGAGUUGACUUCGAGAACAUUUGGAGGUAGUCACGGGGUUUAUCCGACGAAAUUCAGGUCAUUGGUUGAUUUAGCGGCAUUUCAGCUAUGCACGGCGAAUGGGAUAUAUAUAGGGAUGAGUAGGAGCAGUCAAAGGGAGCUCUUUGAAAGGUGUGAUAGGAAUUGGAAGAGAGUUUUGAGGUUUUUGCAGACUGUGGAGCAGUCAUCGGAUAUGGUCCAUACCUCUGCAGGCAAUAUGCAGAUAACAACUGGAAGGUAUCACACAUUGCUAAUUAGCAACUCAUCAGUGUACUCUUGUGGUUCCAGUUUGUGUGGUGUCCUCGGACAUGGUCCUGAAACAACACAAUGUGUAGCAUUUACGAGGAUUAACUUCCCUUAUCCUGGUAAUGUGAUCCAGGUGUCAGCUUCUCAGAAUCAUGCCGCAUUCAUUUUGCAGUCUGGAGAGGUUUUCACAUGUGGAGACAAUUCAUCAUUUUGUUGUGGCCACAGAGAUACAAGCCGCCCUGUUUUCAGACCAAGGCUUGUUGAAGCAAUGAAGGGAAUUCCUUGUAAACAGGUAGCUGCUGGACUGAAUUUUACUGUGUUCCUUACAAGACAAGGCCGUGUAUAUACAUGUGGAACUAACACACAUGGCCAGCUGGGUCAUGGUGACACUCAAGACCGACCAAACCCCAAAAUGGUUGAACUGCUUGGGGGGGUUGGCUCUGUAGUUCAAAUUGCUGCUGGCCCAAGCUAUGUUUUAGCUGUUACUGACAAUGGAGUGGUUUACUCUUUUGGUUCUGGUUCUAAUUUUUGCCUUGGCCAUGGGGAGCAGCAAAAUGAGUUCCAGCCACGUGCAAUCCAUACAUUUAAGAGAAAAAGUAUUCAUGUUCUUCGUGUCUCUGCUGGUGACGAGCAUGUUGUGGCACUUGAUUCCAGUGGAUACGUAUAUACCUGGGGAAAAGGUUAUUGUGGUGCAUUGGGCCAUGGAGAUGAGAUCGAUAAAACUCUUCCAGAACACUUGAUCAGCCUUAAGAGUCAGCUUGCUGUUCAGGUUUGUGCAAGAAAGAGGAAAACAUUUGUUCUGGUUGAUGGCGGUUCUGUCUAUGGCUUUGGGUGGAUGGGAUUUGGGAGCCUGGGAUUUCCAGACAGGAGCGUAUCUGAUAAAGUUAUGAGACCUAGAAUCCUUGAUAGCUUGAAAGGUCACCGUGUUUCUCAGAUUAGCACAGGUCUGUACCACACUGUGGUGGUAACUCACCAGGGGAGGAUGUUAGGAUUCGGGGACAAUGAGCGAGCACAACUUGGCCAUGACACAUUGAGAGGUUGCCUUGAACCUACAGAGAUUUUUAUUCCGGAAAUGGAAGAAGAAACAAGUCUUCUUUCAGAAAGCAGAUGAAAUGCAUUGAACUAUCAUCUGCUUUUGUGCAGGUUUGUGUUAUAUUCUGAGAGGUGAAACACUGUUUUUCCCCCUCAUUAAAACUUUGUAGAAUUACACGUAUCGUAGCUGUGCAUGCUGGAUACUAAUUGUUGUAUUUUAGAAAGUUGAAUAUGUAGCUCCUGAUGUUGCUUUUCUCCCCUGCUUUCAUCGAUUAUUUUGCAAAACAAUCAAUCGGUCUUUACUCUUUACCAUGCCUUGGGUGGAUUCUCCCCAAAAACAUUUAAAAAAAAACCUUGUUCAUUUGUGAUCCUUGGACCUGGUUGAUAGUCAAAUCCCUAUGUCUCAGGGUUGAAUUGCUACUUCAUAUUGGGCAAAGGAUUUCUCUGCCUCAGUAGUUGAAGUUCAACUAAAUGAUAAACUUGAAGCUCCAAAUCUGAGUAGCACAAUAAAACACAUCCUGGAAAAGCUAUUAACGGAUAAACUUUAAUGUGAACUUUCCGAAUGAAAUCAAAACGUGCUCAGUUGUUAGCCAAGUUACAUUUCUAUUCAAUUACAUUUUCAAGUCUAUAAUCACAUGAAGUUUGAUCCAAGACCAGGUGGCUUGAAUCACGUAUAAUGUAUUUCUUCAGCUUCCAUCUUUCUCUCUGUGUAUCACUCGGGCCUUCGUUUCUGCAUAUACGCACACAAAUUUCCUGGAAAAUUAUUGAAGGAGACAGAGGUAGUUAACCAGGUUUAAUAUAAAUUCCAAAUCUGGUGAACAAAACUUGGCUUUGCAUGACACUAACUCAGAUCAGGGAAGGGUUAGUUUGAUUCAUCCUUAGGUAUUUCUGUUAGCCAUCCUUUUCACAUUUCUAUAUUUUCUAUAAAAUAAAAAACCACCAGCUGGAUGAUGAGACUGGAUUUGCAAGAUAUAGCACUACCAUUUUCUUCACACAAUUUCCAUUUUCCAGUCCUCAUUUAAAUUAGUCAUUUGCCUGAUUAGGGAUAUACAGAGAAGACAAAAAUACUGAGAUAAUAGGUGGAAACUAUACAUAGGAUGCUGUUUCGAUCAGAAAGUGGAGCAUUUAGGUUUGAAUUUGACAUUUUUUCUCUUCUCAAAUAGCAUUGGGACAGAUAGGAAGGAAAGGUAUUCACAAUCUGGCCUAUCUAGUAGUUGGAAGGCGAUUGUUAUUGUCAUUCACAUCUUGCAAAAUCUGACCUUAAGACAACUUCGAAUGCAGGUCAUUUCCAAGAUUAAACAAAUCUAAAAAUAUGCAGCAGCUUUUCCCACUUUGUGAAAGGCUCUCACCUAUUUGCACAGCUUGAAACUGAUAUAAAAUGUGAUCAAGUCAAAAUUCUUUCUAAUUGAUGAACCUUAAGAACUGUAACAAAUUUUAACAUAACUGAUAACCCUUUCUUACCUCAUUUACCUACCUCACCUAGGUUAGUGUCAAGAUUCAAACUCAAAAUCUCGAUAAAUUUUCAACCAAUCCAAGUUUCUAGUAACAGAGGAAUUAUCAUUUGCUAGCUUUUUUCCCCCGAUUUCAGUUGAUCCAUAUGUAUACUACACAGUUUGUUCCUCCAGGCCAUAUCCAGAAUUUUAGGUUUCCAAUGGUUCACAGAUUCUUCAAUGAGGAAGCAAAGAUUCUAUCUUUUUGGUAUUAUCAA